AUGGCCUGGGGUCUUACUAGCCUCGGGGUGGCUCUCGCCAUCAUCCUCGCAGCUGGAGCAGCCCUGGCCAUCUACAGAAGAUACUGUUUCGGGUGGCAAUGGGGGGCCAGGAACAUCUGGAGUGUCUGCGAGGAGUGGAGGCAGAGACUAUCCUGGCUUUGGGCUCCUCGCGAGGAAAAGGUUGGUUUGGUCAAAGCUCAAAAUUCUACCGCACAGACGGUUCCCGGGCUUUAUAAGCAAGCCGGAAAUACGUCGCAGUAUCUUCUACACAGUGAGAGUGAUCUAAGGCUAAACGCUCAGGGAACUUUCACCCGAUUCGAGGCGGUGGACAGAGACCUUCACCCACCCCUGGGUGGCGGUAGCACAAUACCACCGCAACCAUUGCGACCGGCACCACAACCAAGGCCAAUGGCACGUCCUAGACCGUCUCCUCUACAGGCUCCAAGUGGAGCGGAUUACUUGAAGCUGCAGGAGGCAGGUCCGGGUCCUUUGACACCGCCCCCACAACCAAGAAGCAGCCAACACCCUCGGCCAUCGGGUCCCACCGGCUCGAGCCAGGGUCAGGUCUUUCUUUUCCAGACUGAGGCGAGUUCAACGUAUGGUCCCUUCGGACCGGUAAUGGAUCAGUCGGUUUCCGAGUUCGAGAGUUUCGCCUCGAGGGCAUCCGCGGAAAGCAUACAGAUGACACCUUACAAAGUGCAGAAUCAAGUGGAGACCAGGGUCCCGAACUGCCAUCAGUCCAGGUACGAGAUGCAGGAGAGCCAAAACAGGGUGGAAGCCUACGACAACACGGGUGGCCCAUUUAGACCGUUCGAUGUCAGCGAAGAGUCCUCCAAGGUCCGGUACAGUUUACAGGGGACCCUGCUGUCGGAUGGACUUAAUCGGACGUACGAGGAGAAUUAUACGACGACGGUCCCUUAUGGCAACUACGACAUAAUUCAGAGGAGCCACGGGACCACUCAGCAUCCCUCGAGGCACGUUAGGAACGAGUCCAGAGGGUCGCAGAACAGUUUCGGAGUAACGUCGUCCGCGAGCACCGUGGAUUCCAUUUACGGGCCCCAAAUCAUGUCGAAGAUCCUGCAGAGUGGUCCGAAACUCACGCCGGGCACUAACUCCGGGCAGAACGAGGCGCAGAAUAUAGAGAUGAUACCCUUCAAGAACUCCGUCGCUCUUCAAGACGUGGGUGUCGCUUAUGGAGCGCAUGCCAGUCCCUCUAAAAUUCCUACCGGUCUACAAAGGGUUUCCCAGUACGUGCAAAAUCUCCCGGAUAACCCGAUCUACGAAGCGAACAAUCAUCUCGCGUACCAAGAUCAGGAGACCACGAUGUUUCAUCGUCUCGACGACCCGACGAACUUGAUGAAGGAGUCUCAAGAUACCGCUUCUGGUCCGGUCCCACCACCCGCGCCUCCGGAUCCUCCAACUUCCGCUUCUCAGAUGCGGAAGAACGGUCCCACCACCGGGGAAAGAAUUUUCAAGGCUCUGAGAUCUGUAACCUCCCAGAGUUACAUCGAUGCUUCCGAAUUUUACAACUCCGUCAUAUCUUCGGCGCAACAAGUGCAGCGAUACGCGUUCCCCCCGAUCUCCAGGUCAUCUACCAUGGAAAACGCGAAUAAUAUGUCAAGUAUGAGCUCCGGAUCUUUACACAAUGAAGUUGCAGAGUUUUAUGAUGACAGAGAUGCUGAGUCGAUGGGUCAAGAUACCAACCAACGAAGUUCGGAUCUUUAUAGUCCUGAACUUAAUCUAGAAGCUCACAGGACUGCACAAGAGGUAUACAACAGUUUGCAAGAUCCACCGUCUUCGCCGUUGCUUCUGAAAGACCACAAUCAAGAGCCUUAUCCUUAUCUAAUGGAUCCUAGUUUCACGAGAACUUCAGAAGAUAUCUUCAAUAGUUUAGAACAUAGGAGAAAAAGUAUGGAAAGGAUUAAUGGAUACCAGGAUUUUAUAGACCUGGAUGCAUCUAACCCACCGAGAAGGCAAAGUAGUCAAGAUCUGUUCGCGGCUUUAGAGGAGGUCCAGUUAAAACGGAGAUUAUCGCAGUCAUUGGACGAAACGUGCUCGGGGUUUUCAAUAAUGGACAUUGGGGAUUUAUUUUCACCGAGUCGUCGCGAGUCUCAAGGAUCCGAAUUCGAGACGCCUGACGAGACAAACCUGAAGAGAGCGAUCAGCUGUGACAGCGUGUGCUCGGACACGAGCGUCGUCAUCGGUGAUCUUGAAAAAGCUCACAUCGUCGGCCACGUAUGUGUAGGACUAGAACACGAAAGAUGGGGAGCUAGAGGAGCUGACGGGGAAAGUGAUCUUACAGUUAGUAUAUUAGAAGCGAAGGAUCUCGUUGCUGCCGACAGUACCCCAGCUCAGGACACAUUCGCUAGGGUCUGCCUCCUCCCGGACAGGCAAACGCACGUGCAAACGAGAUUGUGUAGACGUUCUCCUUCGCCGAGCUAUCAGGAGAAAUUUUUAUUUCCUUUGGAUGGCGGUCCCGUUGGGAGAACUCUCCUCGUGGAGAUAUUUUCCGUGGAAACUAAUACCGGUGGUGGUGCGUCUCUUCUUGGAGAAGCGAGCUUAAAAUUGACGCCAACUCCGAGGCCAUCUGCGACAACCUGGCUUCCUCUAAUUGGCCCUAGUCUACCUGUCCCACACCUGGGAGAACUGUUAUUUUCCUUAAGUUACUUACCUACCGCCGAAAGACUUACUCUCGUCGUAGUAAAAGCUAGAAAUUUACGGGGAUCCAAUCCAAUACCUGGGGAUUUCUUCGUUAAGGUAUAUUUACUGCAACAAGGGAAAAAGUUGCAUAAAAAGAAAACGUCCGUGAAGAAGGGCGAGAAGAGUCCGAUUUUUAACGAGGCGAUAAUAUUCAACGUGCCAGCCCAUGCAUUACAGAACAUUCAACUGCGAUUGACAGUGGCAGAGGUGAUCGGUGAUGCAGGGACGAACUCAAAGACAUGCCCUAUCGGGCAUGUGAUAGUGGGUUCAUCAGGCACCGGAAAAUCAUUGGCUCACUGGAGGCAAAUGCUGGCAGCCUUAAGACGUCCGGUCGCUAUGUGGCAUCCACUUAGAAAAUGAUUUGCUGCCGGUGUCGAAGCGAUUUCGCUUUGCUGCUUUAUCGCGAAAACAUGGGUGAACAUGUCGGCUGCGAAGGAAGCAGACGUGUCACCGAAUUUUUUUAAUGUAUGCAAUCACUUUCCGACUGAAGAUAGGUCGACCUAUUUUAAGACUUCCUCCAAAUGCCGAGGAUCGAAGAAGAUAUCAUUUUAGUUAGAAUAGUUGAUAAUCCAAGGGUAAACUGACGCCUUGUUCCGACGCCGAAAAUCGAUUGGGAACCAAAAUUCAAUCUUGAGCAAGUUAAUUGUUUCUCUAGGGUCUUGUUCAGCUCAUAACGCACGGAGUUCGGGUGUUAAACAAAGACAUUACAUUCCGUGUCGCUGAAAGGUGAUACUUAAAUCCUAAUUACUAAUUUAUUAACGUAUUCGUGUAAAGCUUACUAUUAUGGGUGACCUGAUCAAUCUAUGCGAGCAUGAUGCAGAGAGACAAAGCGUGCUCCCUAGGAGGUCUCAUUUUUUACUACUCCUCCGCCUUCCGAAACGCCGCUGUGUUAUAAUGUGACAGCAAUUGUUUAUGAAUAUGACGAGUCAACUAUAUUUUCGAAAGAAAAAAAUGUCCGGA